UAUCCUCAAUGUAAUUUUAUGCAAUCGUACCGCGCGAGCCAACCACACGCACGUAACGUCGCGAGCGCGCCGACUCAUUUAACCUACUAAAUAAAUGUGUUAAACGAAAAUAAAAAUGGCUAUUUUAAAUUUGCUUCUGAUAGCAUGUGCUGUGUUUUCUGUAUCAGGGGAGCCUUCCUGUUGCCCUCCCGGCUACGUGUUAGGAAGUUCUAUAAACCAACCGAACGCACAAUGUUGGAAUAAGGAAAACGUGACGGAUAUAGUUCUGCGAUGUCGUAACACUGUGAAAAUUGUUGAAAACAAGAAUUUGAACUUCGAAGUCGAUGAAGAUGGUCGGCUGGUGCUGCUGCUGCCCAACCGGGAAGUGAUCUACGAAGCUGGCGACAGCUUCUGCCAGGGCGUCGAGGCAAUAGUAGGCAAGAACGGGCGCGCGUCGGUGCAGCGAGUGGCUCUCAUCUGCGAUGAACAACCCACCCGGAUGGUCGGCGAUGCCGUGUAUGGGUACUGCAUGCUGGUGUCCACCAUAUUCCUCAUCGUCACCGCUGGUGUGUACUCCACGAGACCCGGAUGGAGAGACCUGCAUGGCAAGAGCAUCAUCAACCUGUGUGUGAGCUUGGCCCUCGGCCUCGCACUCCUCGUCAUCAUGAAACUUGUGCCAUACUCCGACAUGAACCUCUGUGCUGCUAGAGGAUUCUUCGCCUACUUCUUCGUGCUAGUCAGUUUCUUCUGGAUGAACGCUAUAUCUAUACAGAUGGUGCGCUCUAUGAGGAACCACCAGAGCGAACAGUCUCAGAAGCUGCUGUGGUAUGCCCUGUACGCGUGGGGCUUCCCCGCCGCCCUGGCCAUCGUCAUGGCGAUCAUCAACUUCAUGCCUGGAGACCACCUCAAACCUGGAAUCGGGCUUAACCACUGCUGGUUCUUUGACAUCAGACAGCAGUGGGUGUACAUGUACAGCGUGAUGUCUGUGCUGACCAUCAUCAACCUGCACAUCUUCACCAACACCAUGAUCUCCGUCUGUUGCCGCGGCGUCGAUAUCAAGAAGUUCAAGAACAAGUUGAUCAAGUGCCUGCAACUUUUCGUGGUGAUGGGUGUACCGUGGGUCUUCGAGAUGGCUGGAUCUUUAGCGCCACCUCAUCCAAUUUGGGAAUGCCUAGACCUAUUCAACUCGUUGCAAGGCGUGUGGAUAUUCCUAGUGCUGGUGUUAUUGCCAAGAAGACAAGACGAAGAAGUGGAGGAGGAGACGUCUCAGUACAACAAGAACAUUGUCAAUUGCGAGCAACCCUACUACAAGUUAUGAGAUCACGUACAAAUACUUCCAUCCAGAUACAGCGUCGCAUUUAAACGCCACCACAAAAUCAACAUGAAAAAGUGGAAAUUGUAUUUUCUACCAGUGUGUACCGAAAUUUUAUUACUAGCAACACUGACACGCUGACCUGACUGACUGGGGAUUAUUUGCUUUCAAAGAAUUUGUACUGAAAGCAAAAACGUGGAUAGGUUUAUUAUUUACGGCCUUUUUUAUGGUGCUCCCAGCUAAGGUGUAGCUUAGUGACUAAUCGCGGCGUUGUCUUUAUUGAUAUUUUUAGAAUCUAAGCCAUCCAUGUAUUGUUCCAUUUAGUGACUGCAGUAUGUCUGUUUUAGGAGGGGUGUAAUUCAAUACGAAUAGUCCUUAAUGAUGUGCCUUUAAGUAUAUUUUGGUAAUGUAAGUGCAGUUACACAUCUCUAUGACUAUGUCUUAAUAGGCUGGUUUCCAACUUGUCAAAUCAGUUACUUUUACUAAACGUCAAAACACGAAAUUACUAAGGAAAUUGUAUGAAAAAGCACACUGGAGCGUCAUAGAAAAGUCAUAAAAUGUCGAACUUAUUAUUACGUUUUUCUAAAUUAAAAUUCAUAAAUAAGUUAAAUAGAAAAAAAGGAAAUGUUGUUCGUUAAUUUUAGAUCUGUCUUUAUUUAGUGAUCAGAAUUUUAUAGUUUAUCUUUAACCUAGUACACGACCCAAUUAUCAUGGUAUUGUAUUGGCCUUCACUACAACUUUAGUCCAUAGAAUCAAGUUGCAAAAUAAAUUAAACUGCUGUAGCACGUCCCAGAAGAUAGACAAAUAAUGGUGUACAUAGAUAGUUAGGUAUUUUUUUAAACUUUCAACAUAUCCUUACAAAAAUAUUGUGAUCUAACGAUUGCCUUUUUACACUUAUGAAUCAAUUACAUUACUUAUACUCAAUAUAUCAAAUUCCGAAAAUUA